AUGUCUGUUUCCAACUUUGCACAACAAGCGUCUAAACCUUCAAAAAUUCUUACUUACGAAACCAUUAACCCUCACGUUAAGAGGGUAGAAUAUGCUGUUCGUGGUGAAUUGGCAAUUUGCGCCGAAAGAAUCAAAGAUGAAUUGUCUAAUGGAUAUUCACACAAUUAUCGUUUCGAUACUGUUGUGAAUUGUAAUAUUGGAAAUCCACAACAACUUAAACAAAAGCCCAUAACUUUCUUCCGUCAAGUCGCUUCCUUAAUGGAAUAUCCUGAUCUUUUAUUGCCCGAAAAUCGUAAGCAAAUCGAAUUUUUGUAUCCUUCAGAUGCAAUUGAUCGUGCACGAAGGCUACUUAAACAAAUCGGAAGUAUUGGCGCAUAUUCUCAUUCUCAGGGAAUUCCUUGUAUAAGAGAUAAUGUUGCAAAAUUCAUCGAAGAACGUGAUGGAUAUCCUGCCGAGCAAAGUAGCAUCUUCCUUACUCAAGGUGCUUCGGCAGGUGUUCAAAGUAUACUUCAACUUUUAAUUGCACAUUCUAACGUUGGUAUCAUGAUACCUAUACCACAAUAUCCUCUUUAUACUGCUACUUUGGCGCUUUAUGAUGCACAGCCAGUACCGUACUAUUUAGAUGAAGAGAAAGAUUGGGGAUUAGAUAUCAGUCAAUUAGCUUCUUCACUCUCCGAAGGUCGUUCGAAAGGGUUAGAUAUUCGUGCGCUUGUAAUUAUUAACCCUGGUAAUCCCACUGGUCAAUGCUUAACAGAACAAAACAUGCGCGAAAUUAUAGAUUUUUGUCAUAAAGAACGUAUUAUUUUAAUGGCUGAUGAAGUUUAUCAAACAAAUAUUUAUCAGCCUGCUGAACGUCCAUUUCAUUCUUUUAAAAAAGUCCUUAGAUCAAUGGGAGAAAAAUAUGAGCAAUUCGAGUUAUUUUCUUUUCAUUCAGUUUCUAAAGGCAUGAUAGGAGAAUGUGGUAGAAGAGGAGGUUAUUAUGAAUGUACGGGUAUUGAUUCUCCCGUUGUUGACCAACUUUAUAAACUUGCAUCAGUUAGUCUUUGUCCCAAUGUUCAAGGACAAAUCAUGGUAGAUUUAAUGGUUCAACCACCAAAAUGUGGAGACGAGAGUUAUGCGUUAUACCAAAAAGAAUUAAGUGGAAUUUAUGAGAGCUUACGAAGGAGAAGCAUAAAAUUAAGUGAAUGUUUCAACCAAUUAGAGGGUGUCACGUGUAAUAAUGCUCAGGGAUCAAUGUAUCUUUUUCCUCAAAUUCGUCUACCACAAAAAUCAAUUGAAGCUGCUCGUCAAGCAAGCAAACAACCUGACGAAUUUUAUUGUUUAGCUAUGCUUAACGCGACAGGUGUAUGCGUUGUUCCUGGUAGUGGAUUUGGUCAAAAAGCUGAUACAUGGCAUUUUAGAAGUACAUUUUUACCGCCCGAAGAAUUAUUUGAUGGAUUUUGUGAAAGAUUACAAAGAUUUCAUCAUGAAUUCUUUGAAAAAUAUCGAGAUUGA